AUGCAGUUCAACACUCUCAACGUUCUCAUUUUGACCCUCGCGGGUGCAAUCUCCAGCACAGAUGCCCUUGGAAUCAACUGUCGUGGUUCUUCCAAGUGCAGCGCGCUUUUUGGCUCUAGCAGUGUCGCGCGGGACUUAACCAACGUCAUCAACAAUAUCGACGAGAAUCGAUGGUAUCGCAACGGUGAACAUAUUGCGUGCGUUGGCAACCAAGCGGGCAACGGUGGCGGCUACUGUGCCUUCCUUCAAAACACAGGCGGCGCUCCUGGUCGUAACAUCAAGGGCCUGGCUCAUUUUAUUACUGAUCACGGGUGCAAAAUGUGUGGCAGUGUCCCUUAUUUCUAUCCUGCUGAUAACAACGUUGAUAAUGGACAACUGACCUACAACUUUGUUGACAGUAAGUCACGGCCUUUCAGCCGCUCUUGCUCUGUUAAAUGGGAGCACGUUGUGGUAGUCGUGAUUUUGGCAGGCAUGGGCUAUAACUCUUGUAUGCGUGGGAAUGUGACCAGCUGGGCCUAG